UUUAGUAUUCAUUUUGUUGUUGAACUGAUCUCUGCAUUCGUUAUAAUAUAAAUGAGAAAAGAUUUCAAAGUGGUUUUCAGUGUUUUUAGGCUUUAAACUUUAGUAAAAAUGUUGCUAAAAUUAAUUUUUGUGUUUACAUUUGUGAUACAAUUAUAUUUGACAAAUGCCGAAGAAUUGAUAACACCUGACUACUUAUUUCUAACACCAAAACAAUUAACAGUUAAUUCAAAUGAAAAAGUAUGCGUAGCUGUUUACAAUACCUCAUCAACACCAGCGAAAUUCGAUUUAGAAUUAGUAGAAUCUAAAUCGAAAAAAGUAUUAACAUCACUCAAAGAUCAAGAUCUUACCGAGGAUGAUAAUAUCAAAUGUAUAUCCAUUCAAAUACCCGAAACUUUAGAUAGUGAUGGUUUAAUUAAAUUAAAAAUCAGUUUCCCAACAUCAACUCAAUAUGAGACAAUAAAAAAUUCAAAAGAAGUUCGAAUUAAUACAUCCCCCAAAGUUGUUCUCGUGGAAACAGAUAAAGGUGUUUAUAAACCGGGACAAGUUGUUAAAUUCCGUGUAUUAACAAUUGAUCAAGAUUUGAAACCUGUACGUGAUAAUAUUUCUAAGAUAUGGUUAGAAAAUCCAUCGGGAAUACGUAUUGCACAAUGGUUAAAUGUAUCAUCGAAUAAUGGAUUUGUUCAAGAAGAAAUUCAAUUAUCGUCAGAACCACAUUUGGGAACAUGGAAAUUAUUUAUACAAGCAUCAGAAAAAUCAAACCCUGUAACAAAAACAUUUGAAAUUAAAAAAUAUGUUCUUCCACGUUUUGAAGUGACCAUUGAUCAUGAAUCAAACAUUUUAAAUGAUGCUGAACAGCUUGAAUAUAAAAUUUGUGGAAAAUACAGUUAUGGAAAACCAGUUCAAGGUGAAGUGUCUGUUAAAGUAAAUACCAAAGUUUGGUCGAGAUCAGAAGAGUUUGAAUAUAAUAAUCUUACGUUGGAACGUGAUGGCUGUAAACUUUUAACAAUUCCAUCCAAUGAAAUCAUCAAAAAUAAGAUAUUAGAUGAAAUUUUUAUAACCGCUUCAUUAAAAGAACAUGCUACGGAUCAAAUUGAAAAUGUUACCGUUCAACAAAAAGUUUUACGUAGUGAAUUUAUUAUUGAUUUUGAUACGACAGCGUAUACCAAAUUAAAUGUUCCAGUUAAAUUGCAGUUACUUGUAAAACAUAGCACAAAUGAAACACCAGCCGUAAAUCAACCUGUGGACAUUUGUCGUCGUACAUACUAUCCAGAUUAUACAACAACUUGUGAUGCGUUUAAAACUAAUGGAAAUGGUGUUGUACAAUUAAUUGUACCACCAGGUGGUGAAAGAGAACGUCGUUAUAAUUUAGAGGCUUUAAUAGCUUACAAACCAAAACCAAAAUCAUUAAAAGAAGAACCAACAACAACAACAGAAGCGACCACAACAAAUUCUGAGUAUGGCCACUUUUAUCCAAGUCCAGGAUAUCAACAAUUAAUUUAUAAUACAACACAAUAUAUCCAUUUUCAAUCGUGGUAUUCACCAUCGAACAGUUCUAUUGAGUUAAUAUCAAACGAUGACGAACUUGUUGUACAGUGUGGUUCAAAGAAACGUUUUAAUGUAUUCUUUAAUUUACCAAGCGAUGGUGAAGAGAAUGAUGAAACCAUAAAUAAUUUGAAAUUCACAUAUAUGAUUCAAUCACGUGGUAAUAUAAUUAAAUCAAAAAUAAUCACAUCACCACAAAUAACUAAAAUUGAUGAUUUCUCCACUAUUGAUAACAUUCUUGGAAUACCAAUAUUAAAUACUACGGAAAAUGAUUUAAAUUCAACAUUAUAUAAAUUUGAUUUAGUUAUUGAUAUCGAUGCUGAUAUGUCACCAAUAGCGAAUUUAUUAAUAUUCUAUGUUCGAUCGGAUCGUGAAGUUGUCUCAGCCUCAACAACAAUUAAAAUACAAAAAUGUCUUAAGAAUAAGGUAAAAGCAAAUUGGAAUUCCGAACAAGUAUAUCCUGGUGAAAUGACAACAUUAAACAUCAAAUCAUCACCGAAUGCUGUCUGUUCUGUGAGUGCUGUCGAUAAAAGUACAAGCUUUUUAUCAAAAUCAUCAAAAAUUACAAAAUCACAAGUCUUUAAUGAUGGCUUAAAUCAAUUCAAAAUUGAUGAAAACACUCAACCGCAACAGAAGAAUACGUUGAUCAAAUGUGGAGAGAACGAAUAUGCAACUUAUGAUUAUGAUGCAAUACAAGCUUUUGAAAGUUUUGGAGUUAUGUUAAUGACUAAUUUAUCCGUGGAGACUCGGCCAUGCAGACAAUAUUACAUCAUUGCACCAAUGGCAUUGCCAGGUGCGCCACCUCCACAAUUUUACACUCCAAUGUUGGGUGCACACCGACCGAUGUUUGCCUUUGCUUCGGCGGCUGGAUCUCCAGGUAGACCCGGAAUGGUUUUUAAAGAAACAAAUAUAAACAUCGACAAUUCUCCAGCAACCACAUUACGCACAUAUUUUCCAGAAACCUGGCUUUGGAAUUUAAUUACUACCAAUGAAAAUGGUCAUGGAAAAUUAAAUGAAAAAAUUCCAGAUUCCAUAACUGAAUGGAUUACAACGGUAACAUGUUUAUCGGAUGAAGAUGGUUUAGGUAUUGCUACACCAACACAAAUCCGUGGUUUUAAACCAUUCUUCGUUGAUUACAUCACACCAUAUUCGUUUAAACGUGGUGAAAUAUUACAUUUAAAAGUUGGAUUAUUUAAUUAUUUAAAUCAAAAGUUACCAAUUAAAAUUACUUUAUAUAAUUCGGAUGGAUUCGAGUUGGUUGGUGAUCAAAAAUCACAGAUUAAUGCGUGCGUUGAUAGUGAUUCAAAUAUUGCUGAAAUAUUUAUGAUUAAGGCAACGAAAUUAGGGGAUGUUAAUGUUACCGUUUCAGCUGAAGUGGAUAAAGAUGCUAAAGAAUGUGAAACUAAUAUUUUAACUGAUUAUCGAGAUGUAAUCGUUAAACCAAUUAAAAUCGAACCAGAAGGAUUUCCAAUUGAAAUUUCCAAAUCAACAUACGUUUGUCCAAAUGAUUAUGCAAACAAUACAAACGUUCGACGUGUCUGGGAUUUAACGUUACCAGAAAAUUUGGUUGCCGAUUCAGCUCGUGCUGUCGUAUCAGCAAUUGGUGAUAUAAUGGGAGCAGCCUUAUCGAAUUUAGAUAGUUUAGUACGUUUACCCAUGGGUUGUGGUGAACAAAAUAUGUUAUUGAUGGUACCCAAUUUACAUGUGCUCAAUUAUUUGAAAUCAAUUAAAUCUGAUAAUGAGAAAUUAAAGGAUCAAGCCUUAGCGUACAUGAAAAAAGGUUACGAACGUGAACAAAGUUAUCGUCAUAAAGAUGCUUCGUUCUCUGCCUUUGGUGAAUCCGAUUCGGAGGGUUCUUUAUGGUUAACAUCAUUCGUAGUCCGUUCAUUUGCCCAAUCACGAUUCCACAUGUAUGUUGAUGAAGAGAAAUUGCAAGAAAGUAUGGAUUGGAUUAUUAGCAAACAGUUGGAAAAUGGAUGUUUCCCAACUGUUGGAUUAGUCUUACAUAAAGAAUUAUUGGGUGGCUUACAAAGAGGUGAUUCAAAUGCUGCCUUAACUGCAUAUGUUGUUAUAUCUCUAUUAGAAACUGGUUUAGAAAUUAAACCGGCUGUUUUGGAACAAGCUACAUAUUGUUUAGCAUUCGCUAGUAACAACGAAAGUGAAGGUGAUACUUAUACGAUGGCGUUAACUGCGUAUGCAUUAUCUUUAUUGGAUAAAAGGAAGGAUGCUAAAGAAGUUUUACAGAAAUUAGUGAAGAAUGUUAAAUAUGAAGAUGGUGAUUUAGCUUAUUGGACCAAUGAUGAUAGUACCGCACUUGAAUUAACCAUCGAAAUUACAUCAUACGUCAUAUUAUCCCUUUUAAAAUCAAAUCGUGAUGAUUACAAGCUAUUAACAUACAACGCAAUCCGUUGGUUAUCGUCUCAUCGUAACGAAAAAGGUGGUUUUGUUUCAACACAAGAUACAAUCUUAGCUUUAGAAGCGCUAGCUAAAUAUGCAACAUCGCUACAAACUGAUAAGGAUACGAAUUUAAAUAUAACUGUGGCAGCUGCUUCAUUAUCGGAUUCCAUUAAAAUCGAUGAAAGUGAUAAGCUAGUUUUGAAAGAAGUGAUGUUACCAUCUUUACCAACGUCUGUUGCGCUUGAAACUUCUGGAGAUGGUUGUGUUUUAUUACAGAACACAUUGAAAUAUAAUGUACACUCCGUUGAAGAAUCCGAUGCAUUUGGUAUCGAUAUUCAUAUCGAUACGGCACAUUCGUCCUGUGAAGUACAAGAUAUCAAAAUCUGUACAUGGUAUAAAUUUUCUUCGGACAUAUCAAAUAUGGCUGUGCUAGAAAUCAAUAUGGUAUCAGGUUAUGAACCAAUUGAAUCAUCUUUAGAAAAUCUAUCAAGACAAAAUAAUCCAAACUUCAAACGUUUUGAAAAUGAGAAAAAGAAAAUUAACUUAUACUUUUCCGAAUUAACAAAUACGCACACAUGUGUUUCAUUCCAAGUAACACAAACAAUUGUUAUUGAAAAGCGGGUACCAGCAGUUGUAAAAGUUUACGAUUAUUACCAUCAAAAAUUACAAGUCUCAAAGGAUUACAAAUUGGAAAAAACAUGCCAUUUACCAGACGUGCCACAUUCAGAACAUGGAGAACAUCUUCCAGAACCCAUGGUAGUCGUUGAACGUCAAGAACGUUCGGUUUCAAAUAUCGAAGAAUUAAAAUCAUUUACUUCAAAGGAUUAUUAGAAAAUUUAAAAUAUCUUGCAAGGUCUGGAAGGUACAAAAUUUAAUUAUACCAUCAACAAUCAAAUAUCGUUGGUAUAAUUUAGAUAAUGGAAUCCAUGGAAUUGGUACAAUGGAAUCAACAAGCCAGAAGAAAUUUAAUAAUAUAGAUUUUUUUAUAAUUUGUACCUACUUUUAGA